AUGCCACUCUACCUCAUUGCUGUCUCUUCCUCGUCUCGCCUCCUCGCGCUAGCCCGUCCCGCUGUCGAACGCCUCUGGCAAGAAGUCCAAUGCGCCUCUACGAGCGUCUCUGCCGUCUGGACGUCUGAGACUGAGCCUGCCAUCUCCGACGCCUUCGCCAUCGAUGCACCCGUCCUCGGAACCUCCGUCCCCGAGGUCUUCGAUGCACUCGACACCACCCUGCUUAAGAUCGUCGACGAGUAUUCCACUCCGACUGGCGACGAUUUCUUGCUCUGGCAUGCCCGCUUGGGCCACUUCAGCAGAGACAGGGUGGUUGGUGCACUCCGCUACAAAGGUUACGCUUUUCGCCCUGGCAGUGAUCGUUGCAUCUGCGACGCGUGUCUCCUCAAUCGUCGCCGCAAGGGCCAUCCGAGUCACCCAACCAACCGUCGCGUCUACACGUACUUUGGUGAGCGAGUCGCGUCCGACCUCAAUGGCCCCAUCAAGCUUCUGCCCUGGAGCGUUCACAAGUUCGUGUACGCCAUCAACUUCGUCGAUUACUUCUCCGGCGUCAUCGCCGUCUACUUCCUGGAGAAGGGCGAUUCCGCCGAAAUCCUUGGCGCAAUCCGUGCUUUCCUCCGUGACCAUGCCGAUGUCUCCUUCGACGAGCUCUCCUUCACCGACCUCGGCGGCCCGUGGCGCAACAUCAACGUUUGGGGCAUUGAAGAUCACUUGCCAACAAGCAAGACCAUCCUUCGCGAAGACGCAAGGUUGGACGCUUAG